CCUGGCAUCUAGUAAUUCGAAGACCUACCACUAGAGUGCUAUGUUUUGAGUUGUUUAAUCUGUAUCGUGUGCGUUAAACGUUCGGUUUACCGAUCACCGUCGAGUUGUAACCGCGUAUGUGCUGUCGCCGUCACUCUAUUGCCGUCCCUCAUUUCCGUCGGUCUCGCACACGUUGACACGUCCUUUGUAUUGCCAUGGACGUCAGCUUGCUACUUCAGCACUCGCAAUAUGCAUUACCCGUGGGUAUCGUGCUCGUAUGUGCAAUCCUCGUCUUCGUUUUUGGUUUCAAGAAGGCCGAACAACCACCUUUUGCUCAGCUUUCGGUAAGCUCCGACGUGGACCGGAAAUUUGCCAACAAGAAACGUAGCAAGAUCAAAGAAAAGAGAUCUGCUAAUGGCCAGGUUACAACUGAAAAGGCCAGCCCCAUUAAGAAAAUAGUAUCAACCAAAACAGAUGCUUCAAAGAAAGCUGUAUCCAAGCCAGAUGAUGUUGAAGGAAAGUUGAAAGAACGAAAGCAAGAGGAUAAUAAAAUUCUGGUAGCAAAGAAGGAUAAAGAUCAAGUUGUAAUAAAAGUUGGUAAAGAAAACAAAGUUGAACAAGUGAAAAACAAGAAGAACUUGAAGAAUUUAUUCCAAGAGAAACCAGUCGACUUUGAUGAAGGAGAUUGGGAACAAGCUUACUCACGGAAAGAUAAAAAGAAUAAGAAGAAAGAGGAAGAAUCGCCUUCAAAAAAGAACAAAAAGAAUACCAAGAAAGCUGAUUUAAUUAAUGAAGAAGUUACGAAACAAAAAGUUUCAGAAAAGGCAGAGAUUAAAGAUAAAGUUAUCAAAGAAACAGAAAAUAAAGAAUUGAAAGACAAAGAGAAAAAAGAUGUGAUACUUACACCUAUUUCCAAUGAAGAAAUAGCUAAAGAAAAAGAACAGCAAAAGGAGGAAUUAGCUAAGAAUGAAAAAGUCGAAAAAGAAGAAAAAAAGAGUGGAAAAUCAAAGAAAGUUAAGAAAGUUUCUGAAAAUGAAAAUACUCUUGUAGUAACUCCACUUACGCCAAAAGUAGAUAAUAAACUUCAGGAACAAAGAAUAAAAAAAAAAGAUGACAAUAUAGAAAAAGAGUCAGAUAAUUCAGAAGAAAAAAGUCCUAAAAUUAUACAAACACAAGAAAAGACCGGUCCAGUGUUCGAUGAACUGGGAGAUGUCUGGACAGAAGCCAAACCUCAAAAGAAAAGUAAAAAGAAAGCUCGAAAAGAUAACUGAGGGUGAUCAAGUAUGAUAAAAAUUACGUUCCUUGUAAGAAGGAAGAGAGUGAGAAUCCUGCUUGGUCCAAACGACAUGUGUCAUUUCGGACUUACCAGGUGUGUUUUAAGUGACUUACCAAUUAACCACCUGACCAAAUUGUUCCUUUUCCUUGUACAUAAUGCCAAUUGGACUAGGUUGUUCGAUCAGUUAUGUAUUACAUCAUGACUGCAGGUGCAUAAAUUAUUGUAUGUAGAAAAAAUUUUUGAUUUUUUCAACAUGCUAACUAUUUGCUUUAACAAAGCUGCUUUGCAUUUAAUGAAAGAGGCAUAAGUCAUAGUUUUGACUAUAAAAUUAUUAUUAUUAUGUAUAUUAUCCUUUUAAGGGUUUUAAUAUGUGUUUAUAAUGAUGCAUUAAUAUUCACUACAGCUACAUCUUAGUAUAUAUUUAUAAGAGUUUCAUAUUGAGUAUGAAUUGUUAAAAAAUAGUACUUAUGUCUUUUGUGUUUCGUCAGGAAGUCCUAUAAACAAUAUUUUUUUUAGAUUUGCAACAUGUUUGCAUCCACGUUAUUAACAUUUUAGAUAUUGGUUUUACGUUAUAAUUAAUUUAAACGUUAUAGAUGCGAACGGUUGAAAGCCAAAACUUAGAAAGUAUGAAGUAUAUUCCAAAACAAUAAUAAAGUGCAGGACAAUCUGGAGAAAAGUUUACAUUACUGAUGUACAUGUCUUGUUCAAAGUAUCGAGAGAAAUAUUUUCUUAUAUUUGAUAGCGAGUAAUUUAUUCCAGCAUAUAGAUCCAAAAUUAUAUACUUUGUAAUAAUAAACUGUAUGUAUAUCUUGUAUGAAUAUUUUAUUAUAAAAAGUACAUCAGUAAUGAAUUUUAAGGAUUGAUGUGUAUUUAUAAGAAUAUAUGAAUCUACGACAAAAUUUGUGCCAAGUUAUGGGAAGAAAUAAAACAAGGUACAAUGAAAGUCAUUAUACAAUUACAUAUGAUUAAUUUAUUAAGUAAAAUAAAUAAUUUUAAUUGAAUUUUAUUAUUUAUUUGCAUAAUAUAUGACUUAUAUAUGCUAUUUUCGAAUUUGAGUGUUUAUAUAACAUGAGCUACUACAUAUAUAAUAAUUAAAAAUGUACACAGUAUUUAAUUUACACUUAAAAUCGUUCUUAACGCUGAUUUUUAUUAAUUAUGUUAUCUGAUAUAAUAAAAAUAAAAUUGCAUUCUGACUUUCAAAGUGUCUAGCUAUUACAUAUGUUUAAUAGAAAGGAGGAUAAUGUUUUCUGCAAUGAUUAUCUCUUCACAUACAAAAGUAAUUCUAUUGAAAAAAAAUGUAAAGGAAAUCUUACAAAUGAAUACGAUCAGACGUGGGUCAAAUAAUCAAAGUUAUGUUAUGUUGUCUUUUAAUUUUUUACGAACAAUCUAAUCCAGCCGUUCACAUUUUAUGCCAUGUAUAAAAUAUAGUGAGUACAUUAAUUAUACAUUAAAAGUUGUCUCUGAAUAGUCUUUUUAACUAAUGUAAUUACGGUUAUUUAAUCGUUAAUAUCUAUAUUAUGUAUAAUAUUACGUAUGGCAUGGAAAUGCAAGAGUUAAACUCUAAGAAAAGUAAUAUCUUGAAAGAAGAAUUAAAUAUUAAGGAUCUCUUCAAAGAAAACCUAGUGCUAUAUUCAGAGUACUAUAUUUAGAGUCUUUUGACUUCUAUUUUCUGAAAAAAUGAAAAGACAAAAAUUCAAAUUGAAAAAUGAUGUUAGUUGCACCUUAUCGCGAAUAAUUGAUAGAGGUGAUGCAUUGUAACGUCAUUUGCUCGAAACAAUUUAUUAAUUAGUGUUGUAUAUUAAUAUGUAAAGAUGAAAAAAAAAAAAAAUAUUUAGAAUGGCGAAUGAAAUAUUGUGAUAAGUAUACUGUAUACCUGAGCGUUACUUGAACGUUGUAAAAUAGUACUAUUAAAUAAUAUUAUCGUUUAUAGCUUUUACUUAUAAGUGAAAAGAAGUGAAAAAAUAUCUGUUUAAAUAAUUAUUCAUAUUUUGUACUUUUAUCCUUAAUAUAUUUUCACAGAAUAUUUAUUAUACUUCGCGACAUAUGAGGUAUUAAUAGUUUUAGUAUCUCGCAUAGUUUCAAAAAUUCUUUGUUAUAAAAUAUUUAUUGAUUUGAAAAGAAACGAAAAGAAGGUUUCUUAAAUACAAUUUUUGAACGAGCUUCAAUUCCAUACAUAGUAUGAAUCGUUGUUAUUACUAUGUGAAAUCGAGAGAAAUACAAUCGGGUUGUAUCGAGUGUCCCUACGCGUGCCAAAAAUUUUUACUUUAUUAAGAGCAACAGUUGUAUAAUAAGUUUUAAAGAAAAGAAAAGACAUCAAUAUUCAUUUUUUUUUUUUUUUUUUUUUUUAUUAUAAAUAUAUCGUUUUCACAUUUCCAAUUUUUUACGUAGCGAGCAAUAGCAAAAUCUGCAUUUUUAUAAUUUUAUUUUUCUAUGCGCAAUUAGUCGAACGAAUUAUUCAAAGUACCUAUUAUAUUACAAUUGAAAUAUAGAAUGUACAGAUUUUUUCUACAACAAACAUUGUGAUCAAUGUUGAAGUAUAUAAUGAUUUUUCCUACUCGCAUAAGUUGUUACACUUUGUUGUUUAAAUUAUAAACGGCACUAAGGAAAAGUAAAAUCUUUAUUUUGUUUUUAUUAGACCUGUGAAUGCAAACAUCGCUUAAAUAAUUCGCGUUACGUGUAUCCUAUCGAUAUUCAGUGUUAUAACUGUAUUAAAUUUAUAUAUUUAAGUGGACAAUGAAUUAAGCAAAGUAACAUUGUGUCAUCGUUUAACGCUGGACGUAAAAGAUAUUGAUAUUUAACGAACAAUCGUUGGUGUACUUAAGUUCAACAAUUGGAACAAUUUUGAGCAGCUGCCGAAUCAUACGGUCUAGGUAUUUAAUAUUAUUAUAUUUUUGUAUGUAAUAUUCUUCGCGUGAUGAUGUAAUGACAAAGCGGCAAAGCUAAUUCGAUUAACGAGACUAGAAAUCACGGGAGUUUCUAAACGCAUGUGUUGAUAGAAGGAUAUCGUAUUUUGAAUAACAUUUAUAUGCACUUUACUCACGUCUAACGAAUAAUUAAAUAUCGGUAUAAAAUCACUAUAAAACUCUUGCUGUCGCAAGAUUCUAAUUAAAAGAAAGAAUUGCAUACAAAAUUAAAUACUGAUGAUAUAAGGAAGUCUUUCCAGAAAAUAAAAACUAUUUAAAUUAACUGAAUUUAAUUACAAUUAAAAAGAUUAUUAUCGCUACUGUAUAUAUGUAUAUUAAUCAGCAAUGUUCUUUCUAAUUAAAUAUAUAUAUGUGCAAUUUUAUUGUAUACCGAGGUGGUAGAAGCUUAAAGAGCUAGUGAUUGAGUAAUAUUGCUAUGUAAGUAUGAUUGUAGAGGUAUUUAAAAAGUGUCGAUCAGUGUCCAACGAAGUUAAUUAUAUUUUGAAAUGUGUAUUUUCAUUGUGGCUUAAUGGGAUUACUAACAAGUUUAUCUAGUGAUUACAAUAUGAUGACGUUUAUUUCGAAGUUAUCGGAAUAUUUUUUUUGCUUGAGAAAAAUUUUUUUCAUACAUCAUUACGUAGAAGUUAAAACAUUGGUGGCCUAACGCUUGCAAUGUCAUUGAACUAACAGUGAUGCUCUAGGACUCUGAUCAUAAUUAAGAUACCGCGUAUAGCAAAAUGAAAAUGAAUACGGAAGAUAUACGGAAUAGAUUAAUUUAGGAUGUUAUAUUAUACCAUGAAGCAGAAAUGUCAUAGUUAUUUACGAUGUAUUUUAUUCACCAAAAGUGUUAAUGUAGCUAUCGAUAUCAUGAUAUCUAUAUAAAUAUAUUUGUGUAAAAUGCGUGUACUUCAGUCAGUUCAAAUAUUAUUAUUAUACAUAGCGCACGAUAUAAUGUUGAAAUAGAUAUAAGUGGAAUUUUCUUUUAAAAUCAAUGGAAAAAAUAUAAUUCAAGAGAAAUAUUCUGUUUCCAAUGACUGCGCUCACUUGUCUGAACUGUGCAAUUAUUGCAAACUUUGAAAAUUUGUAUAAAUUCUUGCAACAUUUAUAUAUAUAUAUAGUAGUUGUAAAGAAUUGUCGAAAAAUCGGUAUAAAAACAUAGAAAAAAAUAGAAUAUUUCUCUUUUAAUUGACUUUUGGUUGUGACAUUUUUGGAAUAGAAGUAUAAGUGAAGAAAGAAUGGAUCAUAAAAUAGAAAAAGGCAAAAAGAGGUAAAUGAAAUGAGGAAUAAAAAUUAUAUUUUUCCAACAUUUGGUUGCAACCAUUCACUGCGCCUGCCCGUUAAUUAUCGUUAGAGUGUUUUGUACCUACAUUUUUAAUUGUCAUUGCAGUUUUUCGAAUAUUGUACAAGGAAGGCUAGUUUAUUCCACGUUUCAAGGGACCACAGAAUAUAGACAAAUAAUAAAACAUACAGAACCUUGUUUCUCA